GGAUCGUGUAUCUUUAUAAUCUUUCUAACUCUCCUGUGCUAAUCUCAGAGGGGCCGCCCUCAAUAUAUCUGGAUUAUCCGUGUUGCUCAGCCUCCUUUCUGCUGCUCUCGCUGCCGGCUGGGAUGCUUGUGUGGAAGGGCCAUUCUCCUGGGAUUCCUUGUGCCUGGUGGAAGGGCCAUUCUCCUGGGAGUCCUUGUGCCUGGUGUGGAAGGGCCAUUCUCCUGGGAGUCCUUGUGCCUGGCGCCUGGUACCCCAUGAGCACCUGAGGAUGGAAACAAUGCUGUUCUCCCAGGACAGAAGGAGCCUCCUCCCCCUUUGGCCGGGUCCUUGCUAUCCAGUGUGUGUGGGCUGGGGCACCGAACUACUCCUGCCCCUCCAGGGAGGACGUUUACAUGGACACUGACCUCACCACCCGGGAGAGCGUCACCGACCCCCACAAGCUCACAGCUAGCCCCCGUCUUGUUGGACCUGAAACGUGGGGCCCCUCCUUUUGCACCUGGUUCUGUGGUGCUCUGCUCCUAGGCAUCCUUGUGUGAACGAGGCAGAAGAUCCUUAACGACCCCCUGGCCCACCCCUCCAGUCCAUGCUGUGUCUCCCCUGACGGAACAGAACUCAGAAAGGGGUGCAGAGACAGCAGCAGGCAGAAGGGGCUUCUGGGAAUCUACCGGCAAGGUGAAUACCCUUUUGUCAGCCAGAGAGGAGCAGCAGCAUCACCUCCCUUAAGAACCUUUACAUUGCCAGACGCCAGGCCAAAGAAGCUGUUCCACCUCCUGUCAGAGACAGGACAGGGAUUACCCUGUGGGCCACAGUCUCCUUUUAAAAUACGUUAUCCCAUUGUCCCCAGAGCCUAAACAGGCCAGGAUGUGUGUUCCGCAUGGCAUGAAAGAUUCAUGCCCAGUUUUUCCCUGAAGUAACAUCAUUAUGUAGCCUUGACAGCUCUCCCUCUGCUCACAAAGAAACACCCAGAUCUGGAGACAGCAGUGCCGAGACCCAGACACCCCUAGCACAUAAUACAUACGUGUGCACACUGCUACACACAGAGAAACAGGUGUGUAUCACACCCAGGCUGAUACACGCAGAGUCCAUACCACAGGCAUCCCCCUCAGACGGGACAGACCAACCCAGAAGCCUGCUAACCACCCCAUCCUCCAAACAUGGCUGUGGAAUGGCCUUGGCUUUCCCCAAGCGGGUGGGAGAGCAGUGAGAGCUGUCAGCCACCCUUUCCCUCCAGCCUAUCCAUGCCUUUCUUAUCUCUGCCUCACAAGUCACCCCUGGCCCCUCUUCCUUCCUUGUGCUUGAAGAACCCCUACUUGCUGGAAAGUCCCCUGGCUUCUCAGCGUCCCUGCCCACCUUCGGGAAAACGUCCACCUUCUGGUCCCCACCUUUUUCCUUUCCAGAGAGAGGUCUGACCCCGCAGGUCCAACCGCAAAACAGGAAGCCCCCGGGGCCAUUGCCCCCGUGAGCCUGAGGCUUAGGCAGGCAGUGGGCGUGGGAUACAGGCUUCCUGAAUGCCUCCCCGUUGCACCGUGGCCCUCCCAGACUUGAGGGCCCUCAUUAGUCCUUGGCACUUAUCUUGGAACCACAGCCCCUGACAGAGCCGUGCCAGCCCUUCUCUCUGCCUGCCCUGAACGCACAGUGCCAUGGGGAACUGUCUGCACCCGGUGGAGCCCUCCCUCUCAGUUGACCCAAAUUCGAACCAGUGGGUCCUUGGAAACUUCCAAUGGAAUUAUUCCUACGAUGAGAAUGAGUCCUACAAAUCCUUUGACUACAACGCGGACCUGGAGGCAGCUGCCCCCUGCCACUCCUGUAACCUGCUCGACGACUCCUCCCUGCCCUUCUUCAUCCUCGCCAGCGUCCUGGGCAUCCUGGCGAGUGGAACUGUCCUCUUCGCCCUUCUCCGACCUCUGUUCCACUGGCAACUCUGCCCUGGCAGGCCUAUCCUGGCACAGCUGGCUGUGGGCAGUGCCCUCUUCAGCAUUGUGGUGCCCAUCCUGGCACCAGGGCUAAGCAGUGCCCACAGCAUCAUCCUGUGUGGCUUGGGCUACUGGGUCUGGUAUGGCUCAGCCUUUGCCCAGGCUCUGCUGAUUGGGUGCCGUGCCUGUCUGGGCCCCAAGCUUGGAGCAGGCCAGUCUCCUGGCCUCACCCUGGGACUCACUGUGGGAAUCUGGGUGGCAGCUGCCCUGUUGGGAUUACCAAUCACCCUGGCCAGUGAUACUUCCCGUGGCCUCUGCACCCUGGCAUCCAGCAGGGGCCUGGGAGCUUUGCAGUCCACACAUGCUGUGGCCUGCUUUGUUGUCUUUAUCUUGUGGCCAUUGGGCUUGAUGGGAGCCAAGGGCCUGAGGAAAGCCCUGGGUUGGGGGCCAGGCCCCUGGGUUGACAUUCUGUGGGUCUGGUUCAUUUUUUGGUGGCCUCAUGGGAUAUUCCUAGGAUUGGACACCCUAGUGAGGUUCAGGAUCAUCUUGUUGCCAACAUGCCUGGUCCAGAAGGUUUUGGACCUGCUGCUGCACCUCGCAGAAGCCCUGGCAAUAUUGCACUGCGUGGCUACGCCCCUGCUCUUGGCCUUGUUCUGCCACCAGGCCACCCGCUCUUCCCUGCCCUCCCUGCCCCUCGCGGAGAGACGGUCUUCUCAUCUGGACACCUUUGGGAGCAAAUCCUAGCCUGCUCCUCAUCUGUCAACCUGAA